GGCCUGCAACUGCGGCGGCGCGCUGGGGAAGCACCGCCCAUUGGGGCGCCGCGGAGCAACGUGGGAAGCAGAGGGAAAUAUGGCGGAUAGCGAAGAACCGGAGAAGAAAAGAAGGAGGCUAGAGGAGCUGCUGGCGGAUGGAAUGGCUGUUGAUGGUGGGUGUGGGGACACUGGAGACUGGGAAGGUCGCUGGAACCAUGUAAGGAAGUUUCUCGAGCGAUCUGGACCAUUCACACAUCCUGAUUUCGAGCCAGGCACUCAAGCUCUUGAUUUUUUGUUGAACACGUGUAAAGUGCUGGUUAUUGGAGCGGGAGGAUUAGGAUGCGAACUCCUGAAAAACCUGGCACUGUCUGGCUUCAGACACAUCCAUGUUAUUGACAUGGAUACUAUAGAUGUUUCUAAUCUGAACCGACAGUUUCUGUUUCGUCCAAAGGAUGUUGGGCGACCAAAAGCAGAAGUUGCAGCAGAAUUCCUAAACAACCGCAUUCCCAACUGUGCUGUCGUAGCAUAUUUUAAAAAGAUUCAAGACAUGGACGAAAGCUUCUAUCGACAAUUUCAUAUUAUUGUUUGUGGGCUGGACUCUAUAAUUGCCAGAAGAUGGAUAAAUGGCAUGCUGAUGUCAUUUUUACACUAUGAAGAUGGUGUACUGGAUCCAAGUUCCAUCAUACCUUUAAUCGAUGGAGGGACAGAAGGUUUUAAAGGAAAUGUUCGUGUGAUUAUUCCUGGUAUGACAGCUUGUGUUGAAUGCACGCUUGAGCUUUACCCACCACAGGUCAAUUUUCCCAUGUGUACAAUUGCAUCUAUGCCCAGGCUACCAGAGCACUGUAUUGAGUAUGUCAGGAUAUUGCUGUGGCCCAAGGAGCAACCUUUUGGAGAAGGUGUUGCGUUGGAUGGAGAUGACCCUGAACAUAUCCAGUGGAUUUACCAGAAGUCAUUAGAAAGAGCAUCACAAUUUAAAAUUAAAGGUGUCACAUACAGACUCACCCAAGGGGUGGUUAAACGAAUUAUUCCAGCAGUAGCUUCUACAAAUGCAGUAAUUGCAGCUGUUUGCGCCACUGAAGUUUUUAAAAUAGCCACAAGUGCAUACAUUCCUCUUAACAACUACUUGGUGUUUAAUGAUGUGGAUGGAUUAUACACACACACAUUUGAAGCUGAGAGGAAGGAGAACUGUCCAGCUUGCAGCCAACUUCCCCAAAACAUAGAGAUUUCCCCAUCAGCUAAACUGCAGGAGAUCUUGGAUUACUUGACAAAUAAUGCUUCAUUGCAAAUGAAAUCUCCUGCAAUCACAGCAACUAUGUAUGGGGGAAAUAAAACACUUUACUUACAGACGGUAGCUUCAAUCGAAGAACGUACAAGGCCAAAUCUUUCCAAGACACUAAAAGAAUUGGGGCUUGUGGAUGGCCAGGAACUUGCAGUUGCUGAUGUUACUACACCACAAACUAUGUUGUUCAAGCUUCACUUUACCACUUAAUUUAUUCAUAAGUAAACUGCAUAUACAGUGUGAGAAAUCUGCACCCACCUUGUAAAAUAAACGUGCCCUGUGGGUGCUAAAGCAGCCUGAAUUGUUCCUGUUAGUACUAGCAUUGUUGGAGGUUAGGGAAUGCAUAUGAAUCGCCAUGUUUCAGAAUUGUACACAGAAGCCAAUAUUUGGUGGGUUAUAUUUGUAUAAAUGCUUAUUAAUGUACAGAAUUCUGAUGUAUAGGAAUACAGUUUUUUUCCAGUUUUCAUUGUCAAAAUCUUAGUGUUGGCAUACUUUCAGAUACAUGGAAGCUUUAAGGUGGCCAAACCUUAUUUUCAACACG